AUGAGGCUACACCUGAUGCGAGAAGCCAUCACAAUCGUGUUGUUUGCGUACAUGAUCGGAAUACAAGCAAGACCAUUUAAGAUCAUAAAAGCAAGACCUUUCCAAAUUAAGAGGACCAAAAUUGGCAUAGAGACUAUCCGUGUUGAAAAUGGAAUCACAUUCAAAAUAUAUCCAACGAAAAAGAACUUUGAGGAAGCACAGGAGAAAUGUAAAAGAUCUGGUGGGAAAUUGCUGACAAUUAAAGAUCGUGAACGUCAAAAGGUAGUUGAUAAAUUUAUGAAUGAAUGGUUAAAACGUGGAAGAAAUGGUGCUGUCCUAGCUAAAGGUAUUUGGAUAGGUCUGAGUUCCGUAGUAAAAUUCCAAUGGAGUGAUGGGGAGACAGCGGACUACGUUAACUGGAUCACUGAUGUCAGACCAAGCGAACAAUGCUCUGAAAUCUCCAGGCCAAAGACCAAUACCUACAGAUGGAAGUUAGAUUUUUGUAGGAAGAAACAACCCUUUAUCUGUGAAUAUGAAGAUGAUGUCGAUUCAACCAAAGCUGGUGAAGGUGCACCACCAGGACACAAGACAGCGGACAUUCCUUUUGAGACACAAGAGAAAACCAAUGUUGUUGAGGAUCCUGAUACAAAUAUUGUUGACGAGACUCCAGAGAAAACCACAAUUGAGGAGACUCCAGAGACAACUACUAUUGAGGUGACUUCAGAAACAACCACUGUUGAGGAGACUCCUAAGAAAACCACUGUUAAGGAGACUCCUGAGACAACCACUGUUGAGCAGACUCCAAAGAUAACCACUGUUGAGAAGAAUCCAGAAACAACCACUGUUGAGGAGACUCCUGAGGCAACCACUGUUGAAGAAACUCCAGAGACAACCACAACCGAGGAGACUCCAGAGACAACUACUAUUGAGGUGACUUCAGAAACAACCACUGUUGAGGAGACUCCUGAGACAACCACUGUUGAGAAGAAUCCAGAAACAACCACUGUUGAGGAGACUCCUGAGGCAACCACUGUUGAAGAAACUCCAGAGACAACCACAAUUGAAGAGACUCCAGAGACAACCACUGUUGAGAAGACUCCGGAGACAACAACUGUUAAGGAGACCCCUGAGACAACCACUGUUGAGGAAACUCCAAAGACAACCACUGUUAAGGAGACUCCACAGACAACCACUGAUGAGGAAAAUCCAGAAACAAACACUGUUGAGAAGACUCCAGAGACAACAACUUUUGAGACUCCGGAGACAACAACUGUUGAGGAGACACCUGAGACAACCACUGUUGAGACUCAAGAGUCAACUACUACUGAGGACCAAAGUUACAUGUUCUUUGGUGGACGUUAAAUGGUUAGAAAAUACUUGGCUUUUGUUUCCGUUUUCAUAUCCCGUUGAGAUAUUUUAUUCCAGGAAACCUUUACUAAGUCUGAAGAAUGUGGUAUUUUACCAGAACUUAAACUAAAAGCAUCCGAUUGAUGCAUUUAUGGAAAUAUCGUAUCUUUAUUUUUCUGCAUCACUUCAAGAUUCAAUUCAUUAGAAUUGGCAAUGAUAUAACAAACGGUUGCAAUCGACCAAUAUUCAAGUUUAAUUUAAGUCUAGUGAUAAGACUUGAGAGACGUUUGACAAGCAUGCGUCAGCAAUACAUCACAAUGACUGCGCAGUAAUUGAUUUAUAAAUAAAAGUCCCUGUAAUUGAAAUGUAUGAAAGGCGUGGGUAUAUUUGGAUAAAUGUUUUCUAACUGUCAAUUUACUAAUCAUUGUUAUAUUAGAAAACGUGCAUGGAUUGUAUAUUUAAUACAUUGAAGCCAUGAAUAUUUUAAUUCAGUUUUCAUUUGAGAAAAAUUAGAUGUUAUUUCAAACAAUGCUGUGCCAGGACGGUCAAUUGAAAGAUGCGAGGUUCGGAUUUAUUGUUCAUAUAAAUUUUGGCCAUUUGACUUAUUUGUACAUUAUCCAAAACACAAAACAGCAUUCUGAUAUUCAUAGCAUCUCUCUCUGUUGCAUCGCAGAAGGAUAGAGAUGGAGAGGGCGUGGCUUACCACGAUGCAAAACAGCGACAUCGCGUAAUUUGACUGUUGGAGUUGUCGGGAAACACGAGGACACGAGUUUACCUUAAAAAAGGGAAUCACUUUCUGUGAAUAAAUAAGCAAAAUAUAUUGGUCUAGAUCUGGUGUUCAGUAUUUUCAAAGGAAUCGAAAAUACACAAUAAUAAUGACUCGAAUUUAAAAAAUAACCAAAUGUUAACAUACUUUUAAGUCCAUUGGCCCGAGAAUUUUGCUUUGUCAUAGAAGGUUUUUUUUAUAUAGAAACACUAAAUAGACUAGUUAGUUACAAAAUUGAUUACGACUUUAUACACCUGCUUAUGGGGAUACCAGGAAAUAAAUUAGAACUAAGGUCAUUCAAACAAAUAUAUGUUUGACGUCCUUCAAACAUAAAAUUGAGGCAACAUUUUCAGAAACCAAACACAUGUACAUUUGUACUGUGUAAGGAAUACAAAUGACAAUGAAACUUAGAAAUUAUGUUAAUCUUUCCCGUGUUAUGAUAUUUGAAGUUCAAUGGAGAUGGAUU